UUCCCGGUAGCGUGGGCCGUGCCGUGGGGAAAUUAUACGACCGGAGUGAUUUUAGAGACGGGUGGAAAUUCGAAGAGUUAAUGACAAAUGUAAACCAGAAGUGGCUCAUACCGGAACCUCCCGGUGUUAUCCUAUUCAGCUUGACAGAGCACAUCGACUUAAUUGAAACGACGCUCGCUGAUCAGCACAACCUAGUCUUCACAAGUCGGUCAAACAGACAAGUCAAUAACAGCGUUAUCGUUAUUCAGCGAUAGACUGUUCUUCAGAGUUACUUUCGCGACGACUGAGUAUCAACAGAACGUCUCAAUGAUGAACUCUACAGUCACAUCAAAUUCUACAGUCAACAAUUCAGUUGCCCAGAGUCACCCUUACAUCUUAGAGCCGUCGCUCUCGCUUUUUUUUCGUCUCUUUGUAUUCGUGCUUAUCACAUUGGCCAGUGUUUUGGGAAACGCUGUGGUUUGCAGAGCAAUGCUGAUGCUGUCUUAUCGACAGCUGCCUCUCUCUUACUAUUUGGUCACCAAUCUGGCUGCUGCAGAAAUGAUCAGUUCGCUAUGUUUUCCAUUUUACUUUGCCUACGAUUGGAUGGGAGAGUGGCCUUUCGGUGAAGCUGCAUGCAAACUGGUGUUUCCGGUUCAAAUGACAGCCACGUUAGUGGUGACUUAUACACUAGCUUUGAUUGCAGCUCGUAGGUACCGAGUGAUUGUGACAUAUCGCGGUCAAUUAGGACCACUGCCAAAGAGAAAAGCAUUUGUAGUGCUCUGUCUGUUGUGGAGCGCAGCCAUGACGGUCGUCGCACCAUCUGCCGUGGUGCACAGCGUUACUCUGUACGGAACAAAACGCUUUUGUGUAGCUUUGUUCCCAGGCGAUACAACCAGCCAUGCACCAUCGCACACACGUUACUCGAUUAUUCGUCUCAUUCUUACCUAUGCUGUUCCAUAUCUCACAAUCGUCAUAUCGUACAGCGCUGUUGCUCUAAGGCUAAAAAGACAUAUGGCUAGGGCGACUGCUUCCCGCAAAAGUGAUUUGACAGAUGACGGAACACAGCUUCCAACAGAUGAACACGUGUGCAUCCCUCUUCAACGAUUGGAAAUUGAUAAUAAAUCGUCGCAAGGGAACGGAUCCGAGGGUAACGCGAAAUAUCUCAUCGCUAAAAUUUGGAAGGGAUGCUGUUGGAGGCGAGGGUCCUUUGACGGUCGCUCCACUCAAGGCCAAACAUCGAAGACAGCAAAGCAUCCGCAAGAUGCAGUCGCAAACGUGACGGAUCAAGAGCUGGAUAUCCUAAGGAUGAUAUACGUGAUCAUUAUUAUCUUCAUCAUUUGCUAUAUUCCGAUCCAAGUUUUGUUUAUCUACGAGCAACUGAACGGCGGGCCCUCACCCUGGCCUUAUUACCUAACUACGAGGAAAUACGUGUUUUUAUUGCAUUGUCUUCCAGGGGCAUUCCAUCCCGUUUUGUACGGCACCAUGAGCAAGUUUUAUGCGAAUGCAUUUGCAAAACUGGUGAUGUGCAAGAAAUAAUUGAAUGGCGAUGGUGUAGAGCGUUAUUUAAGCGUUUGAAUCUCUAUUUUCCGAUGGAUCUUACAAUUGCAGCAUAAAUAACCCCAAGAUAUUUCGGAAUUCUCUUGACCCCGUGCUAUUUUGGUCUUCCCAAAACCGGAUAUCUGAAGUCAAUGCCUGGCGGACUAACAGGAU